CGACGGCUGUAGGCUCUUGCUGAGCCCACCACCAAGUUGUCUCACAUCCUCUGCGGAUACAACCUGUACCAUUCUCUCGUUCUAUGAAAAAAACCAUACAUUCAUACUUUUGUCAGCUAAGAAUGACUCUCGAGUCACCCAUAUUUUCCCUGCUACGCUAAAUAUCUGUCAUUUUCAACUUGCAUAUUGCAAUUCAUGACAGUAGCACGCCGUUUGUUAUCAGUAUACGCGAUGCUGCAAUACCACCAUCGCUAGCAAUUACUUCUCGCGGCGCCGCAGUUUGCUCUUCCAAUGGGCAUAUUAUCAUUUGGUAUUGCCCAGCAUUCAAUUGGUUUCGGGCCUACGAGCUGUUCAAAACGGCGCAAGGCUGUUGGUGAAACAGAUCUUCACAGAACUCGUUGUUCAACACAGAGAUAUCGAAAACGCACACGCUCUGAGUUAACGACCAAAUAUGAAAUAUUACUAUGCAAGUCAGGAAUGGAGGAAAUACAUUCUCAUAUGUCGUUGUCCCCAAAAUAGUCAUUCCUUGCUUCUCGACUUUGUAUUAUAUCUUCGUUUUUCAUUCUAUGUCCGUGACGUGGGACAAGUUGGUCAGUCGCAUCCGAAAGCAACGAUGCUCUAUCGUUGAUAGACCAUAUUCCGAGCUUAGCCGAAACAAAGUGUGCGCAUUCAAUGAGCCCAUUCUUCAACGCAGAGGUCGCACACUCUCAAGCCCCAUCAACAACCAAACGGGGAGGACCGUUAUGUCACUAUCAGCGUGGGACGUCUCUGCCAGCGAUCAGAAGGUGAUUGCAGAACGAAAUUUUUAUCGUCCAUAAAAACAUCAAGUUUAGCCGAAACAAACUGUCUACCUCUACCGAGCCCAUGCUUCAACGCAGUGAGGUCACGCAGUUGCAUGCCCAUCAGGAACCAGAUGCGGAAGGCGGAUCUGUCACUGUCCCGGUGCAUUGUUUUCUUACGUAUUCAUUCUCAUCUUUCGCAACUAUCCAGCGGGGCUUAUUAUCAACCGCUUCACUUACCUGUAGACAUUCCUUAGGAAAACAAGUGCUAUCGUAUGUCGUUG